GAGCGCAGCGCAGGCUCUAGCUUGCCAUGAGCCACCUCUUCGAUCCCCGGCUGCCUGCCUUGGCCGCCUCGCCCAUGCUGUAUCUGUACGGUCCCGAGAGACCCGGGCUGCCUCUGGCCUUCGCCCCCGCGGCUGCUCUGGCUGCCUCGGGCCGGGCCGAGACCCCGCAGAAGCCUCCCUACAGCUACAUCGCGCUCAUCGCCAUGGCGAUCCAGGACGCGCCCGAGCAGAGGGUCACGCUCAACGGCAUCUACCAGUUCAUCAUGGACCGCUUCCCCUUCUACCACGACAACCGGCAGGGGUGGCAGAACAGCAUCCGCCACAACCUCUCGCUCAACGACUGCUUCGUCAAGGUGCCCCGCGAGAAAGGGCGGCCGGGCAAGGGCAGCUACUGGACGCUGGACCCCCGCUGCCUGGACAUGUUUGAGAAUGGCAACUACCGGCGCCGGAAGAGGAAGCCCAAGCCGGGCCCCGGAGCCCCGGAGGCCAAGAGGCCCCGCGCCGAGACGCACGAGCGCAGCACGGAGGCGGGGAGCGGGGCAGGGGGCUCGGGCCCCGCAAUCUCCCGCCUGGAGGCAGCGCCCGCGGGCCCCUCGCCCCUCCUGGACGGCCCCUCUCCGCCGGCGCCCCUCCACUGGCCGGGGACCACGUCCCCGAACGAGGACGCCGGUGACGCUGCCCAGGGCGCAGCGGCCGUGGCGGUCGGCCAGCCAGCGCGCACGGGGGACGGCCCGGGGUCCCCCCUGCGCCCCGCCUCCCGCAGCUCUCCGAAGAGCUCCGACAAGUCCAAGAGCUUCAGCAUAGACAGCAUCCUGGCGGGAAGGCAGGGCCAGAAGCCGCCUUCAGGGGACGAGCUCCUAGGGGGUGCCAAGCCUGGGCCCGGCGGCCGUCUGGGUGCCUCGCUCCUGGCCGCCUCCUCCAACCUCCGUCCGCCUUUCAACGCUUCCCUGAUGCUCGACCCGCAUGUCCAGGGCGGCUUUUACCAGCUCGGGAUCCCCUUCCUCUCCUAUUUCCCCCUGCAGCUUCCCGACACGGUACUCCACUUCCAGUAAAGCAAACAAUGGCACGGUUCUUCUCCCGGCCCAGCCUGAGCCUCCGCUGAGCGAAAGGCCACAGCUCCCACCGGCGGAGGAUUUUAAAAUGAUCUUUGCCUGGGUCGGCCUGUGGGUUCAGGGAAGUGUUACCAACCAUUGCGCGCAGGUGGGCGCGCUCGCCUGCCUUCUGCGAAGCAAACUUUUCCCAGCAACCGGGAGCAGCUACGGAGACUUAAAAGAUCCCCGCGGGGUCAUGGGCACCGCACGUGGGCCCUGCAGGGACCUCUACCGCGGCAGAUUCCUUGACUUUUGGCCUGUCUAAUGGAGUGUGGUCUUCAGCCGCCCACCGCAGGUCCUGCGCCUCCCGAGGAUGCAAGGGCCCGCAGACCACCCAAGGCAGGCCUUACAGGUGCAGUGUGGUCCUUUCGACCGGGGACCCCCGUAUGACCGUCGCCUGCUUCGCUGUUGCCGUGUGGCUCAGGCCUUGGUUUUGAGCCCAUCUGGGUGGUGGGUGGUCACAGCUGGGUUUGUUCCUGACUUGAAGUUGUGGAGGUGCCGGGGGUGACCCCGGGUUUUCAGGUUUUCUGGGAGAUGUAGGGCCCGAUGAGGAUUUAUGACCGAUGUUCAGGUAUAGAAGCUGACAAACCACCCAGAGCAAUAACACUUUUAUUUUAAACAGAGAAUUUUUCUCUUAAUUUCUUUCUGGGUAGUAAAAGGAACAUGUUUUAUUCUUUGCAUAAAUACUUGACUGUAAGCAUCGACCUUUGAAAACGCCUGUAUUAACAAUUUUUAUAAAGAAAGUGCACUCUAUAUAACAUCUUCUUGCAUUAUGAUAGCUCAUUAGCCAACACACGUGCAGCUAUGUAACCCACAACAGCAGACGUCCUAUCCUUUUGCUUUUGUUUUUAAGGGAUCAAAAUAUUUCAAGGGAUACCACGAGGAAGGGUGUGAGGGGGAGGGGAUAUGCCUUGGACAAUGUCAGAGUAUUGAUUUCCAUGUUUUUUCAAGAUCCAGGCUUGGUGGUCGCUAUAUUUUUCAGAAACAGAUAACGAAGGACUACAUUUAUGGGUGAAACAACCAAAAGCAGCUGCAGAGAGAGAGAGGGAUGAAUGCGGGGGAAGAAUAAGGGGACGUGCUGGCGUCCGCUGGAAGGGGCCCCUCUGGGCCCCAGAGGACCUGAGGCUUGAUGGCAGGAAUCUCCCAGACACUCCUGGCCCCCGCACCCCCUGCAGCCGCCCGCUCUUCCCUCCCAGCCCUGCCAGGCAGGCCUGGAGGCUGAUGCUAAAUCAAUACCUUAAAGAGGUGACUGACAGUCUGGGGAGGGGCGCAAAGGUCUGCAACAAAAAUCUAAUUAAGAACAUUGAGAUGUUCACAACCAAGUUCAGCUUGGAACUUCGGGGAAAUGCAACCGACAUCUAUGCCAUCUCUAGCUGGGUAAUCUUCGAGGCCCUGAAAUGCAAUUUUCUGAACCUCGAAGUCACUUUUAUUUUAUGUCAUGUGAUAAAGACACAAGUAGUCACACACUAUUGGAAAUAAGCUGGGAGGGAGGUCUUUAAGAUCGCUUUUAAAAUAGUUUCCAGGACUUGUCUAAAAAUGAUGACAAACUUUGAAUCCAGAGGGCCUGUUGGUCAAUGUGUUGGAAAGGACAUUUCAGGCGGGCAGAGUAAUUGGAUAAUUCACAGGCAUAGAGGUGACUUUUGGAAAAUUCAUUCUCAUAUCCAUGCUGAACCAGGCUUCCACGACUGGGUUCUACCCAGGGCAGUGGGAAGACUCUGGGAAACUUCAGGCCAGCCUUGAUUGGAAGAACUUCCAAGAGGAGCCAUUGCUGAGAUCCAGGCUCACUGUGAUUCACUGAAAAUGUAGCGAAAGGGCUGUCACUGGAUAUUUUGCUAUCCCAAACUCUCAGCCUCUGUGAAUAAAGUUGUUUUUUCAUUAACCUCUCAGUGACUAGUUCAGUGGAUUACUGGAGGGAAAUAAACAAAUAGUGUAAUAAGAAAGAGGAGACUGGGAUUAUAUUUGGGAGUCGUGUUAGCAUCUCAGGAGGCUCUGGCUUCCGAGGGGUAAACACACAGAUGGAGGGGAAGGAGUGGAGAGGAUGCCGGGCCCAGGAAGCUGCCUCCAUAUCAGAAAGCACGAUGAGUUAAUUCUGCCAUAUUGAAUUGGGUUUUAAUCUUUCCUUUUUCUUUUUUGUGUUUGAUAUGUUAUCUUGGGAGGUUUUGUUAAUUUGUGAUGGCUAUGUUUUGAAGAAGCAAAUAAUUUGAUACUGCAAUUUUAAAAGGAUCAUAUUUUAAAGUUACUGUUCCAUAAAGUAUUGUACAAAUGUUACUUUUAUGACACAGAAAAAAUGCAGAUGUAUCCACUUUGUGUGUUUAUACAUGCAUAAAGAGAAAUUCUAUUUAAUCCCCACUUUCAUCUGGGUUAGAAAAGCUAAGACAAAUGGAUAAUGAGGUCAUUUUUAUGAAAUCUAUAUAAUUUCAUGUGUAUUCCUUCCUCCCGACCCAAAAAGAGGAGCUUUGGGUCUUACCAAUCCGAAUAGCUGUUCUAUUGAUCCAGAUUUAAUCGUUGGCUCAAAAUUAUGGCUCAAUAAGAUCAAUAGCUCUUAAUUAAAACAAAAUCUCAGCUAUAAUUAGGGUGAGCCAGAAGCAAGCUUAUCAUUGUACUCUUAGGCAAUCUGAAGGAAUACCGCUCUGCUCUCAUCUAAACAAAGGGAACAGAUCUGCCUUCUGUAAAUGAUCUUUGGUUCAAGCCCUGAUUACACACACACACACAAACACAUACCCACACACGUAUGAGUGCACUGAUCAUAAUGAGGAUAUGGCAGGCACAUGUAUGAUAACUAAGUGUGUAUACAUAUGUAUACGUUUAUAUAUGUGUAUAUACAUAUAUAUACAUGAAUGUGUAGGGGUGUGUGUGUGUAUUUGUUCUGUGUACAUGAAUGCUCAUAAAUGUAUCUUUUUUGAAUAUACUUGAGACUCAGAUCAAGUACUGAGUCCUUUCACUUUAACCCAAGUAUUGAUACUAUUUGAAAGAUUUUGUUUUUCUAUAUAGUUUUUAAAAAUAGAUAAUAAUUUCUAUAGAGCUUAAUAGUUUUGUUUCUCUAUGUAGUGUGAACCAGGGAUAACUUUAUUGUUCUAUGUUAUUAUAGUGAAACUAACAGAUUUUAUUUAAACAUGGUGGAAGACACCCGCUUUGAGAAUUUUUCCCUCUGUUCACAAGGACAGAGAACUUUACAAAAGACUCUUGCUCUGCCUGGCCUCAUCUAGUUGCUGGCUCUUUUAGAAACGAACGGCCUCCUGGGCCUCCAAUGAACCAUAAGAGUUUUGAGGACCUGAACAGGACCUGUUUAGCCAUUUUCAGAUUUAAUUGUGCCCAUUUGAAUGGUGGUCUUCACCAUUUCACUCAAAGUGGUGAGUGUAUGCCCGCGUGUAUGUUAAAGAAUUAGCCACAUAUAAUUAUUGUUACAGCUGAAAGCCAGAGCCAGCCUGCCCAGACCCUGGCAGGUUAAUGUUAACAUCACAAAAGUAGGUGACGUUUCCAGUAACCAGCUGUGCCCGGGAGUGAGAAAAUAGGGGGAGAGCCAUGAUUUUGUGUACUUCCUGGAUUCAUGGUGGCUGGAGUCUCGCUUCCAUGAAAUAAAGGUUGUUUCAUAGAAUGAAAAACAUAAAUGAUAAAAAGCAAAGUUUGUCCAUUAAAAAUAAAAAGCGUGAGUUUGUGGAAAA